AUGAGGAGCAAGCAUACCAACCUUCACCUCAUUGUUCCAAUUCUUUUCUUAUUUCAUUCCUGUUCAUGGGUUUCCUUGGCACUGGCACAAAACGAAACCAUUAUCCCAGUGCAUGUGGGGGUUAUUCUUGAUGACCUUGAAUAUUCAUUCACAAAGGAUAUUUGGUUGAGUUGCAUCAAUAUGUCUGUCUUAGACUUCUAUGCUACUCAUCCUCACUACAGCACAAGGAUUGUUUUGAAAACGAUUGUUUUGAAAACAAGGCAUAGCAAAGAAAAUGUUGUCAGUGCAGUCGCUGCAGCUCUUGACUUGAUAAAGAAAGAACAAGUGAGAGCCAUCAUCGGGCCAGUGACAUCCAUGCAAACAAGCUUUGUUAUCAGUCUUGGAAAUGAAGCACAUGUUCCUAUUAUAUCUUUUUCUGCAACAAGCCCUUCUCUUACUUCUCUCCGGAUCCCAUAUUUCUUUCAAUUUGCACAAACUGAUUCUGCCCAAGUGCAAGCCAUUGGUGAAAUUGUUAAAGCCUUCAGAUGGAGACAAGUUGUGCUUAUCUAUACAGACGUCAAGUAUGGGGAAGGAACCAUACCGUGCUUAACUGACGCCUUGCAUGAAGUAAAUGCUCAUGUGUCAUACCGCAGUGUCCUUCCCUCAUCAGCCACCGAUGGCCAAAUCGAUCAACAACUUUCCAAGUUGAUUACAAUGGAAGCCAGAGUCUUCAUCGUCCACAUGACAACUGAUCUAUCCUCUAGAUUAUUUGUCAAGGCAAAAGAGAAAGGGAUGAUGAGUGAAGGGUAUGCAUGGCUCACUACUAAUGAGAUACUUAAUAGACUACAGUCCCAAAGUUCUACCGUCAUUGAUUCCAUGCAAGGUGUAUUGGGUGUGCAACAUUUUGUCCCACCAACACAAGAUCUUGAAGAUUUCAAGAUACGGUUGAAACAGCAAUUUCAUACAGACAGUCCAGCCGUUGGUGAUGAAUUGGAUGUUUUCGGACUUUGGGCUUAUGAUGCUGUUUUUGCAGUGGCCAUGGCAAUUGAACAAGUAAUUGGUCCUCCAAAUACCUUUCCUGUCCAAGAGCCAAAUGCUGCUUUCAACAGCUCCACCGAUCUUGGAGGUUUACCGGUCUCUCCAUAUGGACCGAAACUUCUCGCCGCUCUGUCGACUGCUGCAUUUGAAGGCAUAGCUGGACCUUUCACAGUUGUUGGUAGGAAGCGUAACUCUUCUAAUUUCCGGAUAGUCAAUGUGAAUGGUGGUGCAGCAAGAACAGUUGGCUUUUGGACAGUGAAAAAGGGCCUUGUGAAAACAUUGAAUCCAUCACCAGGCUCGAGUGAAGUUUCAAAUUCCAAAUUUGACUUUGGACAUAUUAGGUGGCCGGGAGAUUCUCACUCUGCUCCCAAAGGGUGGGAGAUCCCAACCAAAAGGAAAACACUGAGAAUUGGAGUACCUGUCAAGGAAGAUUUUACUGAGUUUGUUAAAGUAACUAAAGAUCCAAGCACCAACACUACAAAUGUGACUGGCUUCAGUAUUGAUGUCUUUAAGGCUGCAGUGGAACUAUUACCAUAUGAUCUUCCUUAUGAGUUCAUUCCUUUUGCAAAGUCUGAUGGCACCAGCGCUGGCACUAACAAACAGUUGUGCUAUGAAGUAUAUCUUGGGAAUUUUGAUGCUGCGGUGGGAGAUACAAUUAUUAGACCAGACAGGUCAUUAUAUGUGGACUUUACAAUGCCAUACUCAGAAUCUGGUGUAGCAAUGGCCGUGCCAGUCAUCAACUUGAAGAGCAAACAUGUGCUGGCUUUCUUGAAGCCUUGGACACUGGACCUGUGGCUAACGAUUUGUUUUUUCGUCAUCUAUAUUGGUUUUGUGGUUUGGGUUCUUGAGCAUCGAAUUAAUAAAGAUUUCCGCGGCCCUCUCUUACAUCAAGUCGGCACCAGUUUAUGGUUCUCAUGCUCAACCGUGGUGUUUGCACAUAGGGAGAGAGUUAUUAGCAAUUUGGCUAGAUUCGUUAUGAUUAUCUGGUUGUUUGUUGUGCUUAUAUUGACAAUAAAUUACACGGCCAGUUUAUCGUCACUGUAUACAGUAGAACAACUCCAGCCAACAGUUACUGACUUAGAGGUUCUAUUAAGUAGAAGGGAAAACAUAGGCUACAUAGAGAAUUCUUUUGCUUACGAUCUCUUGAAAGAAAUAGGUUUUAAAAAUUCGAUGCUGAAGAAAUUUGGAACAAUGAAAGAAAUUGAUGAAGCUCUUUCGAAAGGAACUGACAAUGGUGGAAUUGCUGCUUAUGUUCACGGAACCCUCAAGAUUAAGCUUUUUGUUGCCAAAUAUUGUUCUAAGUAUUCUAUGAUUGCACCGAUCUUUAACACUGGUGGAUUUGCCUUUGCGUUUCCUAAACAUUCCUCACUUGCAGCCGAUAUUUCACAGGCAAUCCUAAACAUGACCGGAGGAGAUGAGAUAUUGAAACUUGAAAAAAAAUGGAUCGGGAAAGAAUCUAGUUGUCAAGACUCGAAUGAUGCGACCAUUCCCAGACACAGUCGUGGGCUUGGUAGCUUUUGGGUUCUGUUCCUCAUUGCUGGUUUGACUUCAGUACUUGCAGUAAGCGUGUAUAUAGCUUCCUUCAUUUAUAGGCACAGGUACGUGCUGGUGCAACCAGGUGAUGCAGAACGCUCAACAUGGAGAACCAUCCAAGCUCUAAUCAAAAUUUUCAAUGAAAAAGACCUCGACUCUCACACUUUCAGAAGGAGUAAUCGACAGGGAGAUGCAGUGAUGGUCAUGGACUCACCCAACAACUUCCCAGCAGCUUUAGUUCACCACAUUUCGGAUUACACUGAUCAAUUGAACGCUUCAUUUAUUGGAGAGCAACAAACAAGCACAAUCGCUGAAGCGCCUUCAGACGUACCACUUCCUUCAGAUACUGAGGUUGUGAUCAGAGUUGACGAAAUGCACAGAACUACUUCAAACACAGCUUCAGAAUGCAACUGAUCAGUGUCACAUACAUACAUUUCAUCAUUGUCCAAAAUAUGUGUAUGCAUAUGGACGAAAGAUCGUCAACUAAACUAGACCCACUUCUAUUCAUUUCCUUCUUGUAUCAGGGUAAUCAGCCACAUAUGUAAGUAUUUCCUCAACUAAUUAAUUGAAGUCCCAUAAUUCUUGUAUGUAUCCUGAUAGUUUAUGGACGAAAUUGUCCAGCAUUCCUUUAAAGUC